GUUGAUUUAAGCUUGUUCAUGAGUUGGUGUGGAUGUGAGCACCUUCAUGGGUUGGGUUUUCACAACAUUGAUUCUCUAAGCCACUCAUGGUUCAUACCCAAAUCUCCAAUUCUCUGCCCAAUUUAUCCCCUUAACCCCUUCUCACCCUCCUUUGUAAUUGUUAGAAAAUACAAUUCUUACAGGUGGAACCAAUUUAAGGGGGGUGAGAGAGAGAGAGGUGUAAGAGGGAGGUGUAGACAAGUGCUUUGAGGGUUUGUCUUUGCUUUCUCACCUCUUUGAUAUCUACCUGAAUUCGCUCCUACCCUUUCUCAGCUUUGCCUCUUCAAUAUCUCCAUCGCUAUCUACCAUUAAACCUCAAUUCAAGCUCUUUUAAUGCAUUCUUUUUAAAAAGGAAAUAAAAAUUUAUUGCAAGGUCUCUCUAUAUAUAAGUUUUCAGGGUAUACCCACAAACCAUCGAGGCUCAAGCUCAGGUUUGGAAGAAUCAUUAUACUUUCUUUACUGUAACGCAUUUGUAAAUUGGUGGUUUACUCAUCGCUGGUUGGGUUGGAUUUUUGUAUAUGUUAUCAGUCUCUUUCAUUGUAUGUGCUAUAUAUGUAGACUGCUUUCUUGUUUAAAGAAUUCAUUAGUGGGUUGAGAACUAGGGUUUUUGAGGUUAAAGGGCAUUUGUUUCUGGGAUUCUUGAUUUGAGUUUUUGAGAUUGAGGGAAAUGGUUCCUGUGUUUGUGUCCAUUCCAUCACUUGCUUAAAAAUUUCAAUCUUUCAGGUUGUAUGUAUGUAUUUUUUUUUUUCCUGGGGUCUGUCUUACUCAGUUUCAUCACUGUUUUGAGAAUUUGUGUCUUUGUGAUUGAGAGGUAUAAGAUUCUAGGGUUGUGUCAUCCAUUGUUGGUUUGUUGACUUGGGUUUUUGAAGUGAAAGGGUAUUGCUUUCUGGGUUUCUGUCUGCUCCUUUACCAGGUUCAGAAUUUGGGUCUUUGGGUUUUUGUGUGUUUGAUAACUGUUUUAGGGUUCAGGUUUAGUUUGUGGGUUUGUGGAACUAAUCAAGAUAUGAGUCAGAGGGUACGCAGGAAGGUGGCACGGAAGGGGAAGGAUAAGUUCGUUUUGCCGAGUUCCCUGGAAAGUGAGGAUUUGGGUUUAAGUUUGGAUCAGAAAGUGGUAGCGAAUGUGGAUUGGACUAAAUUACCUGAUGAUACAGUGGUUCAGCUGUUUUCAUGUCUGAAUUAUCGUGACCGUGCAAGAUUGUCAUCAACCUGCCAGACGUGGAGGGCUUUAGGUAUCUCCCCAUUUUUGUGGCAAUCGUUGGAUCUUCGUGCUCACAAAUGUGAUGCUACCACAGCAGCUUCACUUGCCUCUCGUUGCAAGAAUCUUCAGAAGCUCCGGUUUCGUGGAGCAGAAUCUGCUGACGCAAUAAUACAUCUUCAAGCUAGGGCUUUGCGUGAAAUCAGCGGCGAUUACUGCAGACAAAUUACGGAUUCUACCCUCUCUGUGAUUGCAGCUCGACAUGAGGCACUCGAGAGCCUCCAACUUGGGCCAGAUUUUUGUGAAAGGAUCAGCAGUGAUGCAAUCAAAACAAUUGCUAUUUGCUGUCCUAAACUUAGAAAGCUAAGGCUUUCGGGUAUCCGGGAUGUUGAUGGGGAUGCCAUCAAUGCUUUGGCUAAGCAUUGUCAGAAUUUGACAGACAUUGGGUUCAUAGACUGUCUUAAUGUUGAUGAGAUAUCAUUAGGAAAUGUUGUAUCACUUCAAUUCCUCUCGGUUGCAGGAACAACAAAUAUGAAGUGGCAUUUGGUUUCACAGCAUUGGAUUAAACUGCCUAACUUAAUAGGAUUAGAUGUUUCAAGAACUGAUAUCAUUCCAGCUGCUGCUUUGAUAAUGUUAUCAUCUUCGCAAAGCUUGAAGGUCUUGUGUGCAUUGCUGUGCCCCGCUCUCGAGGAAGAUUCCCGCUUUACCACCAUUACUUCUAAAGGGAAAUUGUUACUUGCUGUUUUUACAGACAUUUUCAAAGGGUUAGCUUAUCUAUUCGCCGGUGUUACAAACAAUGAGAGGAUUGUAUUUUCUGAUUGGAGAAAUUUAAAGAACAAGGAUAAGAGCUUGGAUGAAAUCAUGACUUGGCUUGAAUGGAUCCUUUCGCAUUCACUUCUACGUAUCGCUGAGAGCAAUGUACUGGGUUUGGAUAAUUUCUGGCUUAGCCAAGGUGCAGCAAUGUUGCUCGGUUUGAUGCAGAGUUCACAAGAGGAUGUGCAAGAAAGGGCAGCCACAGGACUUGCAACUUUUGUUGUCAUUGAUGAUGAAAACGCUAGCAUUGACCGUGAAAGGGCUGAAGCAGUUAUGCGGGAUGGUGGAAUACGUCUCCUUCUAAACCUUGCAAGAUCUUGGCGGGAGGGGCUCCAGUCAGAAGCAGCAAAGGCCAUAGCAAACUUGUCUGUGAAUACCAGUGUUGCAAAAGCUGUUGCAGAGGAAGGAGGAAUCAAUGUUCUUGUAAAUUUGGCAAGGUCUAUGAAUAGGUUGGUGGCUGAAGAAGCUGCCGGAGGACUAUGGAAUCUCUCUGUCGGGGAAGAGCAUAAGGGGGCCAUUACUAAGGCUGGUGGUGUAAAAGCUUUGGUUGAUCUUAUUAAGACAUGGUGUUUUGUUGGCGAUGGAGUGCUGGAACGGGCAGCUGGUGCGCUGGCAAAUUUGGCAGCUGAUGACAUGUGUAGCGUGGAGGUUGCAUUGAUAGGUGGUGUACAUGCUCUGGUGAUGCUAGCUCGGACCUGCAAGUUUGAAGGAGUGCAAGAACAGUCUGCCCGUGCCUUAGCUAAUUUGGCUGCCCAUGGGGAUAGCAGUAGUAACCAUUGUACUGUUGGACAAGUGCCAGGUGCUCUUGAUGGACUUGUGCGGCUUAUACGUUCGCCCCAUGAAGGUGUCAGGCAAGAAGCUGCUGGAGCAUUGUGGAAUUUGUCGUUUGAUGAUAGAAAUCCAGAUGCAAUUGCAGCAGUUGGUGGUGUUGAAGCCUUGGUUGCUCUUGCACAGUCUUGUUCAAAUGCCUCUCCAGGUCUUCAGGAGAGGGCUGCUGGUGCUCUCUGGGGAUUGUCAGUCUCAGAAGCAAAUAGCAUUGCUAUUGGACGAGAAGGAGGAGUUCCACCUCUGAUUGCGCUCGCACGCUCUGAUGCUGAAGAUGUCCACGAGACUGCUGCUGGAGCUCUUUGGAAUCUUGCUUUCAACCCUGGUAAUGCUCUCCGAAUAGUGGAUGAAGGGGGAGUGGCAGCUCUUGUUCGUCUUUGUUGUAAGUCAGUAUCUAAAAUGGCGCGUUUCAUGUCUGCAUUGGCAUUGACAUACAUGUUUGACGGAAGAAUGGAUGAAUUUGUACAGAUAGGGACUUCAUCAGAAAGCACAUCUAAAAGUGUUAGCUUAGAUGAGGCUAGGAGGUGUGCUUUGAGGCACAUUAAAGCUUUUGUCCUUUCAUUUUAUGAUCCACAAACAUUUGCUGCUGCCACUGCAUCAUCAAGCCCUGCAGCGUUGACACAAGUAGCAGAAUCAGCUCGUAUUCCAGAGGCAGGUCAUCUGAGAUGCAGGUGUCUCUCUCUCUGUCAAGCUGAGAUUGGAAGGUUUGUUGCCAUGCUAAGAAAUCCGUCUUCCAUACUCAAGGAAUGUGCUGUAUUUGCACUUCUCCAGUUCACGAUUCCGGGUGGCCGGCACACAUCACACCAUGUGACGCUUUUGCAGAACUCUGGAGCGCCACGGAUCCUGCGUGUUGCAUCUGCAGCAGCAGCAGCACCAAUUGAAGCCAAAAUUUUUGCAAGAAUUGUACUUCGAAACCUAGAACACAACCCUAAGGAACUUCAAUCUAAACAGCAGCUCGGAAGUCAGAAAAUAACCUCAACCAGACUCCUCAACAGUGGGUGACAUUUCAAACCUCAAUUAGCUUCCAUCAGCUGGACAGCAGUUUAACCAUGCCUAAGGCGCUGUACAUAGUUUCUGUGUCAUUUUUGUUUUUCUUGUUUUUCGUUUCUGUUUUUAAUCGUAAACAAUAAUAAAGGUCCUUCGGUGGUCAAUGGUUUGAAGACAUUGUCACAAUGAAUAGUUGUUUGGUGUAACUUAUAUGAGCUGUUCAUGUAGCCAUAAGUUAAUAGCUGUUUUUUGAGACUUUAUGGCUUUGACUGAAUUUUUAGUAUCCUUUACUUGGAGAAAUUUUGUUAUUAUCCUGGGAUA